AUGGAUACCAAGAAAGAAAGCGACAAUGACUUGAUCAAAGACAUAAUACCCAAACCAACACCCAUCGAUCUCCGCUUCAAACUGGCUUUCGCCCUCCUCUGCAUCGUCAAUUUAGUUUGUGCUCUUGACGCCACAAUCCUCGCAGUGGCCUUGCCCACAAUAGCAACCGCUCUCCAUGGCACCGCCAUCCAAGCCUUCUGGACCGGAACAUCCUUCCUCUUAACUAGCACCAUCUUCGUCCCCAUUUUCACCUCCCUCUCACACCUCAUAUCCCGCGUUCCCAUCCUCAUCACCGCCAUCCUAUUCUUUACCCUCGGUUCGCUCCUCUGCUCCCUGGCUUCCAAUUUCACCAUCCUCCUACUCGGCCGCUCUAUCCAAGGCAUCGGCGGUGGUGGAAUCUCAGCUUUGACUAACAUCAUUAUCUCUGAUGUAGUCUCUUUGCGGGAUAGGGGUAAAUGGUUUUCAGGUAUAUCUUUGAUGUGGUGUCUGGGCGCCGUUAUUGGUCCUGUCCUAGGAGGAUUGUUCGCUGAGCGGAACUGGAGAUUGAUUUUCUAUAUCAAUUUCCCGUUUUGCGGCAUUGGGCUAGUCGGUUUACCAUUAGCACUACGAUUGAGGAAGAGAGAAGGACGAGUACUGAAGCGGCUGAAAGAGCAGUUCGAUUGGAUCGGCAGCAUCUUAUUCAUCGGUAGCUUAACCGCAAUCCUAAUUCCUCUCUCUUGGGGCGGAGUGAUGUAUCCCUGGACCGAUUACCACACCCUCCUCCCCCUCCUCCUCGGCGCUAUGGGCCUCCUCUCCUUCCUCGAAUACACCCACAUCUACACCACCCACCCCCUAAUCCGCGCCUCCAUUUUCUCAACCACCACCGCAACAGUAAACUUCCUCUGCACCAGCCUCCACGGCGCCAUCCUCUGGUCCCUCCUCUACUACAUGCCGCUCUACUACCAAACAGCCAAAAACGCAUCCCCGAUCACAUCUGCAAUCAUCCUAUUCCCCUUCACCCUAACAAUGGGGCCAGCUAGCGUGGUCGACAGUGUAAUAAUAGGCCUCACAGGCCGCUAUCGCCCAUCCCUGUGGCUAGGCUGGACCCUAACCCUCCUCGGCACCCUCCUCCUGCUCUCCCUCUCCCCUAACACCCCCCUCGCAACCCUAAUAGCCCUCCAACUGCCCCCCGGCCUCGGCUUCGGCAUCCUCUACCCCGCCAUGUCCUUCGCAGUCCAAGCCCCCGCCUCAGACACCGACCUCCCCUUCGCCGCAGCAAUGUUCACAUUCUUCCGCACCCUCGGCCAAUCUCUCGGGGUCGCUGUCUCGGGCAAUAUCUUCCAGUCCUCGUUUCACCACUAUACGCAGCACUCGGUUAUUUUGGCACCGCUGCAGAUACCGGGGGACGCGAGUUCGUUGGUAGCGUAUGUGAAGGGGCUGCAGGAGGGAGAGGUGAAGAGCGAGUUGGUGAAGGCGUAUUGUGCUGGCAUAAGGGGUGUGUUGGUUUUGGCGUGUGCGGCGGCGGGGGUUGCCAUGGUGGUUAGUUUGGUGGGGACGAGGGCGUUGAGUUUGGAGAGGGAGGUGAGGACGGAGCAGGGGUGGAAGGGGAGGGAUGAGCAAGAGGGAGGAGUGGCGUAG